AUGACUAAAAAAUGGAAGACUGAAACGAGCAAGCUCAGCAAGAAGAAAUCCGACAACGACAAGACUUUAUUCAUUACUCAAGAGAUGUUAGGCUUCUAUUCCAUUGCGGAAGUAGUUGAUGAUAGUAAUAAACGACCGGCUAAAACUAUCUUUUGCUACUUGGCGGAAGGAUUUGGGGAACAUCAACUAAAAUCUUUAGUAGUUACCUGCGUGCUUAGUCCAAGCGAAUGGUGCUCAGGUGUUUACUAG